CACGCAGUCGCGCCGCCGCCUUCAUAAACGCGCGCGCGGACGWGGCCAGUAUUGUCGUGUAAUACGCGUACUACACACCGCCGCCACACGGUCAGACGUCGAGUGCUGUCCAUACGCCCCCGACCUCGAGGCAUCGUUAGCGAUCCUCGGCCAUGUCGUCAGUAGCCGCAUCAGCCGCCGGCGAUGACGACGACGAGCAUCAGAGGCAGCCGCUGCCCGCGGACCCGGACUGGUUAUCAGGCGUCAUCAGCCGGCUGAUCGGCCAGCCGCGGGACGCGGUCACUGUGAUCUGUGACCGGACCAUCGCCACGCCCGCGGUGUCUGACCCACACAACGUGCUCAGCUCUAUAGUGGCCGUCCACAUCGUGUACGCGGUGGACGGUGUCCCGGGCACAGACUCACUGGACGUGGUCAUCAAGAGCCUGCCACAAGAACCUUACUCCAGGGCGUUCGUACUCGAGGCUCAGUUCGACUACAGAGAAGUUCACUUUUACAACACGGUAUUAUUUGAGUUAAGAAAUCUCGAAGAAGAUGUACUAACAAAACAAAAUCGUUCUGCUAUUGGUGACAUGCCAGUUGCCAAAUGUUACUUUGCUGGUAUGAGUGCCAGUGGUAAAGACGAGUCGAUGUUGGUAUUGGAAAACUUAUCCAAACGGGGAUAUACAGCAGCCAAUUUUUCCACUGGACUGACAUACACAGAGGCCAAACUCGCCCUACGUUCUAUAGCUCGAAUUCACGCCACGUCUCUUGCCUUAAAACUUAAGCACGGGCCGCUCACCGAACGUUGGCCGUUCUUAUUCCAAACAUCCCGAGCCACACUAUCUUACCAAGCACUCGUCGAACGAGGAAUGCCACAAUUGCACGUUUUCCUACGAUCUAAAGGGCCACAAUAUGACACAUUAAUCAAUACACUUAGAUCUCUAUGCCGUGUUACUAAACAAAUAAUUGGAUCACUAAUGAUACCUAAAGAACCGAUGGGGUUGAUGACUCACACGGAUUUCUGGUGUAACAAUUUAAUGUUUGGAGAACAGGAUCAAUGUGUAAUAUUAGACUGGCAAAUGAUAUCUUAUAGUAGACCAACUAACGAUGUCGCACUUUUGCUUGUAAGUAGUUUGUCAACGGAAACCAGACGAAACCAUUCAAAUGAGUUGGUAGACAUCUACUGGGAAGCUUUAACAACGCAUGCGAGUAAAUUGGGUGUAGAUAUAGAAGGACAACUAGAAUAUAGCCGAUUUGAUUUGGACGAAGACAUGAAGGAAUCAAAGUUAUUAGCAGUACUAUUGUGUAUAGGUUCAGUGGAUGUUGCUUUAGGCAAUGAAGAAACUGAACAAAGAUUACUAGACCUGUUGACCGAUCUACAAGCUGAAGAAAUCUUCAACAGACAUUUAACUGAAAUUUCAGCAUAGUAUUUAUUCAAUUUUAUCUUUGUUUAUUACAUAUUUCUCCUUUUUCAAGUAAAAACUUUAGAGCUUUCACACUAUAUAAUACAUAGAGAAAAAUAUACUUGUUAAAAAUAAUGGUUUUAUUUCACUUUUACUUUUUAUAUUAGUUUUGCGAAUUCAGAUGACACUUGAGGUUAAGGUAAUUUUUUUUAAGUGUUAAGAAUUUAUGAAAAAUAUUAAUGUUAGAAAAAUAUUGUUAAAGCCUUAUCAACAUAUUGAUUUUAUCUUACAUAUUCAAAUUCAAAAAGUCUUUAUAUUGUUAGUAUAACCUUAAUAUGGUAUGUUAAGUAAUUUAUUUAUUAUUAGAUCCUAUAGCUCAAAACAAAUGUAUAAACAUGUUGUUUUUCUUUUUAAACCAGUUUUUACUGAUUCUUUACAUUUUGACAUGUUAAAAUUAUGUUGCCUAAAUUAAUGUAACGGU